UUUUCAAUCUGAUGGCAAUCCAGUUGUAUCCUAGUAAUCCCCCAUGAUAAAAGAACUUUCUCUACAAGCUGUGGGGAGUUUACCUUAACACAAUUCUUUGACUCAAGGUUUUUACUCUUUGAGACAUUUCUUUGACUUGGUGCUUUUACCCUUCUUUUUCCUUUUCAGAAACACUUGCAUGGUGUUCUCUGUGUGCAGCUGGAAGCAAAGGUUUAAAGAGACAUUUCAGCUUUCCUUUUAUGGAGUGACUGAGUCACAGGUGGUGGAACAUGGCUGGACAAAUAUCAGAGGCUGAUCAGAUCAAGCAGUUCAAGGAGUUUCUUGGCACAUACAAUAAACUUACAGAAAACUGCUUUGUGGAUUGCAUAAAGGAUUUCACUAGCAGAGAUGUGAAACCAGAAGAGGUAACUUGCUCAGAAAACUGCCUGCAGAAGUAUCUAAAGAUGACCCAGAGGAUCUCCAUGAGAUUCCAGGAGUACCACAUCCAGCAGAAUGAGGCUCUGGCAGCCAAGGCAGGACUGCUCAGCCAACCUCGUUAGAGCAGAGCGCUGUGCUCAGACUUAAGCUGUGCCAGUGUUCCCUGGGCAAGAACACAUUGGGGGAUUCCUACUGUCAGGAUGUGUGUCCAGCAGCUCAGAGCAGAGCUGUGGGUGCUGCUCAGGCAGUGGGAGCAGAAGGGUUAAACAGGAGCUCAGUCCUGCUGGCCUGGCUGUGGAGUUUGUUUCCACAAGGGAAUGAUGCAGAUACAACUUUUCCCCGGGCCCACAGACUGGUGUCUGAAUUUCAGGGGUGGUGGGAGGGCUCACCUGCCUUUUGCUGAGACUGGUUGAGAUGAAUCAAUGUAAUGUGGGGAAUACAGUUUUAUAUUUAAUUCAAAUAAAAUCAACGGGAGCCAUA